UCCGUCGGGCGAGGCCGCCCGGGCCUCCCGGCCGAGCCGGGGCUGCCGAGCCGCAGGGCGGGGCCCGGACUCCCGCAAAAUGGAGCGCCCGACCGCGCCCGCGAGCUCCUGUGGAGCGCUGUGCGGACCUUCCCGGAGCUUGCAAGGCUGGGGAAUUUCCUUCUGUAGGUUUGAGUGGAGAACUCUCGUCUUGAUAAUUCCAAAUUGGAUGCCUAAAGCUGCGACCAAAGACCAAAAUUUUCAGACGUGUUUCCAGAUUCUCCCCAACAGGAAGUUUUGCCUGGCGCUUCUUGGACCUCCUUUAGGACAGUCACUAUCACCUAUCAUUUCACUCGACCCUAAGAGCCCUUUGGAGAAAUUUACUGUAUCCAACAAUUCAGAUAUGGCAGAAGCGAAGUCAAUGUUCCGGGAAGUUCUUCCAAAACAAGGGCAGUUGUCUGUGGAAGAUGUAACCACAAUGGUGCUGUAACCCAGAAUCUUACCCUUAAAAUCCCUAACUUUGGAAAAACUGGAGAAAAUGCAGCAAGCAGCACAGGAUACAAUUCGCCAACAAGAAAUAGCAGAAAAGGAACAACGGCAAAUGACAAAGAGACCAGUAACUUAGCACUUUAGGGAACACCCUACCUUAUCUACUAUUUAAUAUUAACUAGAAAACAUUCUGCAUCUGUGUGCCACAAGUAGUAUUUGGUAAUAAAACUGAAUAUUCAUGAGUAAAAAUACUGAAGAUUGAGGAACCUCUUGAAUUUACAAUGGUUUGCAUGAAACACAAGCAGCAGUUAAACCUGGACAAAUUUUAUGGGGUUCUUCUUUUACCUAAGGCAUGUUGCUUUUUAAGAAUUGUAAAUUAUCAUAGAGAUUGUUUUAAGUAGUCACAAGUAACUAAAUCCAACUUUUAUUUAUAUACAGAUGUUCUUUAUGUUUAUUAAAAACCUAAAUUUGAAGAUACAUUCUAUUGUUGCAUAAAGUAUUUAUGCUGGGCGUUUAUAUUACCUAAUUAAAAAUAAUUUUUAAACCAAUUUUGUGUGCCAUGUCAUAUUUAAUGCUAUCUAGCCUCAUCAGUAAUGAUCCUAUGUAAUGACAAAUGGUUACUUAAAUUUUUAAGGACUAAAGGAAUUACAGGACUAACUUUAUCACCCAAGUAUCAAACACAAUUUAAAAAGCUGAAAAUGCUAUUAUAAUUAUCUACAGUAAGCUUUAGUAAGUAACACAGGCUUGAAAGACCCCAUGAAGUAACUGAACAUUAAAUUUGGAGCUUUCAUUCUGCAAGAC